GCUCGAAUCGAUGACGCUAGUCCGGCAAUGGCUUCGGAACCAUCAUGAGGAUAGUACCAGGUUGCCGCUUGUCGACAUCGCCGAGUUUGUCGACAAGUCGAUCCAGUCCGCGAGCGCCCAGUGUUGGGUUCGGCACGAGGCCUCUGGUGCCCCCAUUGGAGUUCCGACUCAUCACGCAGGGCGUUUCUCGGGCUCGAUCCUUUCCCAUGAGCGUCACGUCAAUUCUAGCCUUGCCUUGCCGACUGGUGGUUGUUCUACUACGCGCUCAUUUGCGGAGAUUUCUUGGCCUCAUUGAGAGGAAACAGGCCUGAGCCCUAGCGACUAAUGGUACGAGAAGAAUAUUAGGUCCGUUAAGAGCGAAUCAAAGUCCUGCACCGAACCGGCCUACUCUACAAGACAGUUGCGACAAACUUCUUGCUAUUUGAGUUCAUGCAUAAUUUCAUCAUGAUGACGCGCUGUACAUCCUAACCACUGGUUUAUACUAGUGAGAACACCGACUCCACUUUCCGAAUAUAAUUUACUUGUUUCCCAUAUGUGUCAUCUUUCUCUAUUUUCAUGUAGAUUGCUUCCUCAGCUGCAUAUCCAUUAGUCACUUGCUCAUAUAACAUCCCUAGAGUGUUUGAGCAAUCGCAUACUCCAAGUUUUUCGGAUCUUUCAAGGAACCUUCCGUAAGGUUCAUUUGUUCCUACUAUAAUUUUGCGACCCAAAGAAGCCAAGAUUUGAAAGGGAUGUCGCAUUCUAGAAUGUAGUACAAACACAAUCAGAUUGAAAUAUGGAAUGCCGAGAUUAGAGUAGUCGGAAUGGGGAUGACCUCCUCGAAUGUGUUAUC